AUGGCCAAGGUCCGUUCGAUACUGCUGAGUGCCUGUGCCGCUGGCUUGGCAACCGCGGCCCAGGUGCCUACACUGCCUCUGAAGGCACCAGAUAGAGCACAAAUCACGGCCGCCCCAGUGCUCAACAAGGCCGUCGUCAACGCUGCCGUCGUCAAUGCUGCCGCCGCCUCGGAUGAUGAUUCAAAUUACUAUGGCUGUGAAAAUGCAGGAUAUCUUGUGGAAUAUUGCUACGACGCCUAUGACUACGACGCGUGUCUGUGCUGUGACGGCUCGUCGUAUGAUCCCACGUACCUGGACGACAGUGCAAAGAGCUGUGCCUCGUAUAUUGAGGAGUCUCUGCCGGCGUCGACCUAUGAGUACACAUUUUACUCUUCGCUGGGCAGCUACUGUAAGAGUGUAGGCAGUGAUGUUUGCUCCAUCACUUCCGCCGCCACCUACACCUCCGUCGCCACUGCACCAGACGCUUGCUGGUCAGUGGUGGAUAUCGCUGACAACUGUGCCUACACCAACUCUGGCAUCUACGAAGAUUCGGAUGAGGAGCAAGCCAGCUGCUUCUGCUACACCACCCAUGGUCGCUCCACCACCUGGGCCCCUGAUGUCUUUGACGGCGAGGCCAGCGAGUGCGCCGACUGGGCCGCGACUGCCGAGACGGAAUACUACUCGGACUGGCUGGCCCUGGCCACGUUCUGUCAGAGCGUGGGCGAUAUCAUGACCACGUCGACUUCGGGAACAAAGACGAGCUCCACCCCGCCGGCUGCUCAGACUGGCCACUCUGGAACGACCACAUCCGCAACCGCCACAUCCACAUCCGCAUCCGCCACUGCUGUGACCGUCACUGUUGCUCCGUCCGCCACCGGCACCAGCGCUGCCAACACCAUGAGCGGAGGUGCGUCAAUUGCAUUUGGAUUGGCAAGUGUUGUCGUGGCCUUGUUCGCCUACGCUCUCUGA